CUGAGACCAAGGAAAAUGAAACAUGGCGGAUCAAGACGGAGACGGAUUUCGAUACCCGCGACGAUCUUGGUGGGUUGCGCGGUGUUUGGAACAAUGGGAUUGUUAAUUCUCAGUGUAAGAGAUGUUGAUUCACCGACAAUUCCUACUAUUCCUCUGAAGCAAAUCCACAUACAAGAAUCGGAUUCCAGCGUUGAAAACGAUAAUUUCGAUGACGGCUCUGAGAUUGGGAAGAGGAAUGAGGCCAAGGCUGGAAGUGGAAGUGGAAGUGGAAGUGGAAGUGGGACAACGAAGAAAGGGUCGCGUUUGUGUGCAACGGUGGAGCAGAUGGGAGAAGAUUUCAAGUCAACGUUUUGGAACGAAAGUCUUAGAGUGAGAGAGAUCAUUCGCCAGCAUUUCGCUUUGAAUGGUGCUUCAAGAAUCCGAGAUCUCCCUCCGGAGCAGUUCUGUUGGCAUGGCUUUGUCUUGGGAAAAGCAUCAGAGGCAGGUUUCGGGAAUGAAAUGUACAAGAUUUUAAGUGCUGCAGCAUUGAGUAUAAUGUUAAACCGGUCCCUGAUCAUUGGGCAAACCAGAGGCAAAUUUCCCUUUGGCGAUUAUAUUUCUUAUUCGAAUGAGGCAUUUACCUUGAAAGAAAUUAAGCAUCUAUGGAGACACAAUAAAUGUGAGAAGAUGUAUGGGAGGCAUCUUCUUAUAAGGACUGAUGAUUUUGAGAAGCCAGUCAAAACAAAUGUCCUUUGUAGCAACUGGAGAGUAUGGAAGCAACCCAUUAUAUGGUUCCAAGGUACGAAUGAUGCUGUGGCGGUUCAAUUUUUUUUGAAAAAUAUACAUUCUGAGAUGAGGAAUGCUGCUUUUGAUUUAUUUGGAAAGCCAGAGUUUCUUAAAUCUCGACCAAAUAUAUUUGGGGAAUUGAUGAGGGUUCUCAUUUCUCCUUCAAAAGAUGUGGAAGAAGCUGUUAAUUGGGUUCUUGGCAGUGGAGAUGAUCCUGAUAUAACAUUGCAUAUGCGGAUGCUUAUGAACAAGUCUGUGAGAGCUGUACAGGCAGCAUUGAGCUGUAUCAGGAAAGCCACACAUGAUCUUAACAAAGCCUCUAAACCUAGGGUGGUCUUAGUUUCGGAUACUCCUUCUCUUGUAAAAAGCAUUACACAUAAUAUCAGUAAAUUUGCUGAGGUUAUUCAUUUUGAUUAUGGAAUGUUUGAAGGAAAUAUAACUACUGUUAAUGGAUUAAAGAGUCUAGAAUUUAGAGCUAAGGACUGGGGGCCAGCACCUAGAUGGGUUGCCUUCGUGGACUUCUUUCUUGCAUCGCGGGCAAAACAUGCUGUUGUCUCUGGGGCUCAUAGACGUGUUGGAACUACCUAUGCUCAGUUAAUUGCUGCCCUGGCUGCUGCACGCAAUCUAGGGGAUAAUUCAGCUGGUUCUAGUUUCACUUUUUUAAGCAGCUUCCAAAAUAAUUUGUUGAGAGAAGGUUUAAGAUUUCAAAUUGGUUGGGGACAUGUCUGGAACAGAUUUGCAGGUCCCUUGAGUUGCCAUAACCAACGUAACCAAUGUGCCUUCACACCACUUCUACCUCCAGCUUGGUGGGAUGGACUCUGGCAAUCUCCGCUUCAACGCGACAUUAAUCGGUUGGAACAGUAUGGGGUUCAACUAACUGGUUUUGGUACAACUGAUGAAAUUCAUCUUCAGUCUUUCUGUAGUUCGAGGAAAUAUAUUGUGAAAACUAUUCCAAUACCAUUAUAAUAUAAGUUUUCUCUUUGAUUUUUUGGGACAUAGAA